AUGCUGUCCUGUCUCUUGUUCCUUUCCAAGCAUAUCAGUACUUCGCUGGUGUCCUUGCGCAGCGCGCGCUGUGGCUUCGCUCUCCCAACGCGCUGGGCCACCUGGAGCCCUUUGGUCCCUGGUCCCGCUGCUCCCCGCCGCCUGGCGGCCUCCACUGCCUCCAGGAGUCCCUCCGGGUCAGCCCCCGCCCCCUCCCGGGUGCGCCAGAACUUCCACCCAGACUCCGAAGCGGCCAUCAACCGCCAGAUCAACCUCGAGCUCUAUGCGUCCUAUGUAUACUUGUCCAUGGCCUUUUACUUCUCCCGAGAUGAUGUGGCCUUGAACAACUUCGCUAGGUAUUUCCUUCGCCAAUCCCGGGAGGAAACCCAGCACGCAGAGAAGCUGAUGAGGCUGCAGAACCAGCGGGGAGGCAGGAUCUGCCUGCAGGACAUCAAGAAACCUGACCGGGACGACUGGGAAAGCGGGCUGAAUGCCAUGGAGUGUGCUCUGCUUUUGGAAAAGAAUGUGAACCAGUCCUUGCUGGAAUUGCAUACUCUGGCCUCAGACAAAGGUGACCCCCAUUUGUGCGACUUCCUGGAAACCCACUAUCUAAAUGAGCAGGUGAAGUCUAUCAAAGAACUAGCUGACCAUGUGCACAACUUGAUUAAGAUGGGGGCCCCAGACUGUGGCUUGGCAGAGUACCUUUUUGACAAACAUACCCUUGGAAAUGAAAACAAUCAGAACUAA